GAGAGAAGCCUGCAGGCCGCUCCUGCAACCGCCGCCGCUUCUCCCUCCCGAAGGGGCCGAGAGGGCGCGAUGGGGAAAGGCGGCCUCCGUGGCGGGAGGGAGAGAGCCUGCUGGAGCUGGCAGGCCCCUUCUUCACCCCCGGAGUAAGCAGAAGUGUGGAGCCCGGGAAGGAAGAGCCCAGAGCGCCCGGCAGAUUGAAUAGGUCUUGAAAUGGAGAAGAAAUUAGAGGUUCUACAGGAACAAAUCAUGGCUAGAUCUGUCCCACAUGAUACUGAGCUUCAAGAAUUAAUGCAUCAGAUUGACAUAAUGGUAAACAACAAGAAACGAGAAUGGGAAAAGAACAUGCAGGCUUUAGAAGUCAGGAUGACUAUCCGGGAUCAAGAACUGGCAAAUACGCAAAGAAAGCUAGAUCGGAAAGGUCAAGAGGUUGGGCUGCUAAAACAGAAGCUGGACAGUUUGCAAAAGACUAAAGAUGAGAUGGCUCAGAGUUACGAUGCAGAGUUUCAGGCCCUGAAAGCUCAAUUUGCCAAGCUGACACAAAGCUACGAAAAGCUACAACUGCACCAAUUAAGACAAAAUAAAGCUCAUGGGAAGAGGCAAGGUACAGAAAACCACGAAACACCAUUUCAGCUGAGCUGUCUAAACCAGAAAUUGGAGGAAUUUAAAGCUAAAUCAAAAGAAUGGGAUAAACAAGAAACGCUCUAUCAAAACCAUCUAGUUUCUUUAGAUGCUCAGCAGAAAUUGUUGUCUGAGAAAUGCAGUCUGUUUCAGAAACAAGCGCAGAAUUGCCAAAGCCAGCUUUGUUGCCAAAAGCGAAGCCAGAAGGACGACGGCCCCUGCAGCCAAUGCAAAACGGAGCACCUUGGUGCUCAGCAGGAUGUUUUCGCUGAGCCCUCGGAGAGAAAUGGAUUCUAUAUGGAGAAACUGAAGUCCACUGUGAGUGAAAUAGCAAUGAGCAGGAACAGGCUGCAAGAGGAAAACCUCAGGCUCCAGCAGGAAUUGAAAAUGUACCAGAGAAAGUGCCAGAACAUCGAAGCCAGGCUUACAGGGGUGAAAAAUGAGCUUCAGUCACGUGAGGACCUCUUGAAGAUGGUAGAAAUGGAAUGCCAGCAGUUGCGGAAAGAAGUUACCAAAAUGGAAGAGUAUAAAAAUAAGGAAGUGAAGCUUCAGUCAGCUUACGCUCAGUGCAUCAAGGAGCUGGAGACCAAAAAAGUGGAGAUGCUUGUCUUGAAACAGCAGUGUGAAAAUCAACAAAAAGAGCUAAACCAGAUAAGGGACCGUCUUUAUCAGGAAGCGCAGUCCCAUCGCUCUGAGGUGGAAAGAAUGAGGACAGAAAUCUCUGACCUGACAGAAGAGCUUCAUCAGAAGGAGAUCACUAUAGCAACUAUCACGGAGAAAGCUGCUCUUCUGGAAAGGCAGUUACAAAUGAAAUUAGAGAUAAAAGAGAAAAUGUUAGGGAAACAACAGAUGAUAGAUAUGUAUGAGAAAGAAGACAAGGCCUAUUCAGAUUCCGCUCAUCGGCCGGAGCACGAAGACGAAAGUUUACGCGACAAAUUCGUUCAAUCGCCAGAGGACACCAAAGCGUUUUUCCUGGUGAACUCUGCUACGUACUUCAGAAGGAAUGGUGUCAACCACACUGCAAUGAAAAUGCAAGAAAAGGAAGAGAGACCAGCGCGGAAUGAAAAGGAAUGGACGCCACAAUCUGCAACUUACGAAACCCUUGACCACUGCAGAACCCAGAUUCCUACCUGGAAGGGCCAAGGGGAUAUUGCCAGUACUGAAAACACUGCAAAUUUGCUUUCUCCGAGACCGUGCAGAGAUCGCGAACCUACAAUAGACGGCAGAUCUCGAUCACCACCAGCAGUAUAUCCUGCAUAUUAUGGCAAUUACCUUCCGGAAAGAAAUCAAUCUGAUACGUUGCUCAGCCAUCUUCAUGUUAUAGAAGAAAGCCAGAUGCCUUCCCCGGAGACCUCAUUUCCUGCCACCGCAACAGAGAAGUUCCUCCAAGAGGAAGAGAAGCGAGCGAGAGACUUUGAAAAGGUUUUAAACGCACACAUCGAGGAACUGCAAAGGCAGUCGGGGAAUACCCUAAAGAAAUACGCCGGUCUCAAGCAAAGCUGACAAAAGAUAAGUCUGGGGGGAAAAGAAUAAAUGCUGAGAUGUAGUUACUAUCCCAACACAAAUCUUCUGCUCUAUCAUUAAAAAAAAAAACAACAUUUACCCCCAAGACAAAGAAUGCGAGAUUUCGUAUAUAGUUUGCCUGCUGUCUUUAUUUCGAUGUAAAUAUUUUGUAUUGCAGUUUUUAUGAGAUCUAAAAAUACCUGUAAAUUAAAUAUGAAACCUUUUAAAUCUUAA